UUCAGCUGUUUGCCAAAGGCAGUAUAUUGUACAUUCUGUAAAAGAAAUGUGUCCAGCAUGAUGCAUCAUAGCAAAAAAAAAAAAAAAAAACUUUUGCAAAAGGUCAUGUGUAUUGUUCCAAUUGCGCCAUAUUGCAACCGCUUGGCGGACUUUUUCUGUCACUUCACUUGACGUAAGGAGGCCUGAGUGUGUGUGUGUGUGCUUCAGCGAGCUACAACUGCGGUGAGUAUGUUUGAUUAUGACUUCGGUUAAAUGAUGUCAGAGUGUUUUAAUAAACUGUAUAUUCCUUAACAGAAUAGAACAGAAUACAAGUAUUUCAUAAAAAAAAGUUUCUUUAGCUGUAAGACAGUGGGGACGUUUGCUAAUUAACUAAAUUAUUUGAUUGGACAUUGGAAUAUUCGCGAAAUUUAAAACAAUACACACAUCAUCGAACCGUUUAUAUGGCGCGGAGAAACAGUCGGGUCAAGUAGUUAAAAGUUUAAACACAAAACGUAAACGUUUGUUUAUCAGUUGAAUAUUCCUUUAUUUUUUAUUAUUCUCUUAACGAUGUUUUUUUUUAAAUCGUGAAAUUCAACAGCUGCUCGAUCGAGUUGAUGCCCAUUUUCCCCACGCUUUUUUUCUUUUUAUAGGCAUAAUUUAGACAGCUAUUUAAUUAAAGAGACCCACUUCUAAUAAGAUAGCCGUAAAAUACAGGAAAAAUCCAUAUCAAUUUUUUUGCCCGACAAAUGUCACACAUAGCCGAAUAAACACAUAAGUGUGCAGUGUGGACUAACAGAAUAAUAAUAAUAAUAAUACAUUUCAGAAUUAGUAGUAGAGAAGCCCGUUUGCAUGGGAUUGCAUUUUAAUAAUUUUGUUUCCAAAGCGACGGAUGUGUGGAUAUCACGCGCUGUAAUCCCGCGCAUUUUUAAACACGAGCUCGUGUCCCCACAUUAAACAGUCUGUAUUACCCCUAUGGUUUUACUACACUGAAGGUGUAGUUGAUUAGAUUAACCUAAACAGCCUUUUCUACAAGAAUUAUUGUACAUACUUCUCUGUUUUUUGUUGUUGUUGUUUUUUUCCAGAUCCUGAAUAGCUGGCAGGUGUUCUUCUAUAUACCAUGGUCUCCUCGUUUAGUGUUGUGGAAUUUUUGGACGAAGUCGAUACGGAUGGCUGUAAGAAGAUGGAUAUAAUUCCAGUAGAAUGGUUUAAGGGCACAGACAGAAAGUUAUGCUGGUGGCCACCAGGCUCACUGGCCAACAUAACCAAGGUGGUGAAAGAGCACACAUCACCAGCCAGCAACUGGAUAGUGUGCAAUGUGCGUGAAAUGGGAAAUGCAGCCACUUAUUCCAAAGCCAGGGCUAAACUCCACCAAGCUGAAUAUUCAUCAGACUUGACAGAUACAGAAAAUAUCUCAAGAAAAAUAAGUCUCCUUGUUGCCGGCAGGCCAAGUGCAAAACUUCUCCAGAGUCAACUGAGCACUCAGUUGGAAUCAAGUGAGCAUUCAGACUCUUCAGAGGAGCUUCCACCCACUCCACCAAACCAACUCCUUUGGCCAGCAAAGAAAGUGAGCAACUACUUUCAGAACCCCACUGACCAACAUGUUGCCAGCUAUACUCCCCUACGUAACACCAGUCAUGCUGCCCAACAAGGUGCCAGCACCACAAACCGAGGCAUUACCAGCCCCAUAGCCACAGUUACCAGCCCUAGAGACCAAGGAGUUACCACCCCAACAGCCACAGUUACCAGCCCCACAGCCCGAGGAGUUAGCAGCUCCACAGCCCGUAGAGCUACCAGCCCCACAGCCACAGUUACCAGCCCCAGAGACCAAGGAGUUACCAGCGCAACACCCCGAGGAGUUAGCAGCUCCAUAGCCCGUAGAGCUACCAGCCCCACAGCCACAGUUACCAGCCCCAGAGACCAAGGAGUUACCAGCGCAACACCCCGAGGAGUUAGCAGCUCCAUAGCCCGUAGAGCUACCAGCCCCACAGCCACAAUUACCAGCCCUACUUGUGAAGCCAUGUUCACUAAGCUUUUGACAAUCUUAGAAGAAGUGAAGGAGACACAACGUGUUCAUGGUAAGAUGUUGAAUGCCCUGCUGAAAAAGCAAGACGGAUCAGUGGUAGAGGUUCCUGAAGGAGUGGCUUUACCUCUGAAAACCCAGUCUGACCUUGAGGCUCUUGAUCAGAAGUUGGGGGAUCGUAGUGUCAUGUCUGCUGUUGUUACCAUGGUGGCAGAUGUAGGUGGCACAAGUGUAGAUGAUACAACAAGAAGAAUGAUGAAAUACAUCUUAUCAAAUGAGCUGGCAUUGGAGUACAAUUUCUUUGGUCGUCAUGGGAAAAAAAAGUUUAAAGAUUUGCGUCUUUUCAACAUUGUGUAUGGGAGGGAAAAGCGCAGAAGCUUGUCAAAGCCCAGAGACUUUGAACGUUCAGUGGUCUUUGAAAAGAGAACGUCAGCUUUCAAUGUGGCUGAUAAACAGAUUGCAGAACUUCAGAGUCAUUUCACAAAGCUAGGAUCCCAGAAGCCUCUAAAGCAAGAAGAAGACUGUGAGACCAAACAGGCUUGCUCUAAGCCCACUGCUUCAGCUGUUGUGCAAAGUCCCAAGAUAGACCUGAGCCAGAAUGGCGUGGAAACUGAACCUCAGAAAAUACAGACAAACAAAACCUGGCCAAGUCCCAAAACCCUCAAGGAAUUACGUUCCUUCUUGGGGUUUUCUGGCUAUUAUCGCCGUUUCAUCCGAGAUUACGCCAAGAUCGCAAAGCCACUAAAUGACUUGACUGUCGGAUACCCACCUCUCUGUAAGAACUGUAAAGGCAAGAACAAGAAGAAACUCACCACAGCACCAGUGUUAGGAUUUGCUGAUGACCUCGCGUGGGCUUCGGGAGACCUGACCCCACCGGGGGCCCGACGGGAGCCCCCCAAAAUCCGAGACCCCCAAAUGCAGUACUGCCUUCCACCACCCGUCCCACUCUAG